CCUCUUCCCAUCGCGGCGGGUCCUCGCGCCGGUGCCUCCUCUUACAUCCUCCUCGGCUCCGGCAGCCACCCGCGCUCCCGCCGCCGCGGCCGCCUUGCUGCUCAGAGCUGCUGCCGCCCCUCGGGCCAAGAGAUGGAGUCUUGCUCUGUUGCCCAGGCUGGACUGCAAUGUCGUGGUCUCGGCUCACCGCAACCUUUGCCUCCCAGGUUCAAGUGAUUCUCCUGUCUCAGCCUCCUGAGUAGCUGGGAUUACAGGUUUUAAAAUGGAACAUUUUGAUGCAUCACUUAGUACCUAUUUCAAGGCAUUGCUAGGCCCCCGAGAUACCAGAGUAAAAGGAUGGUUUCUACUGGACAAUUAUAUACCUACAUUUAUCUGCUCUGUCAUAUAUUUACUAAUUGUAUGGCUGGGACCAAAAUACAUGAGGAAUAAACAGCCAUUCUCUUGCCGGGGGAUUUUAGUGGUGUAUAACCUUGGACUCACGCUGCUGUCUCUCUAUAUGUUCUGUGAGUUAGUAACAGGAGUGUGGGAAGGCAAAUACAACUUCUUCUGUCAGGGCACGCGCACCGCAGGAGAAUCAGAUAUGAAGAUUAUCCGUGUCCUUUGGUGGUACUACUUCUCCAAACUCAUAGAGUUUAUGGACACCUUUUUCUUCAUCCUGCGCAAGAACAACCACCAGAUCACGAUCCUGCACGUCUACCACCACACCUCAAUGCUGAACAUCUGGUGGUUUGUGAUGAACUGGGUUCCCUGUGGCCACUCUUAUUUUGGUGCCACACUUAAUAGCUUCAUCCAUGUCCUCAUGUACUCGUACUAUGGUUUGUCGUCCAUCCCUUCCAUGCGCCCAUACCUCUGGUGGAAGAAGUACAUCACUCAGGGGCAGUUGCUUCAGUUUGUGCUGACAAUCAUCCAGACCAGCUGCGGGGUCAUCUGGCCAUGCACGUUCCCUCUUGGUUGGUUGUAUUUCCAGAUUGGAUACAUGAUUUCCCUGAUUGCUCUCUUCACAAACUUCUACAUUCAGACCUACAACAAGAAGGAGGCCUCCCGAAGGAAAGACCACCUGAAGGACCACCAGAAUGGGUCCGUGGCUGCUGUGAACGGACACACCAACAGUUUUUCACCCCUGGAAAACAAUGUGAGGCCAAGGAAGCUGCGGAAGGAUUGAGGACAAAGAAUGAAACGCUCCAGACCACGUUAUCUGAUUGUAAGCACAAUAUGAGUUGUGCCCCGAUGCUCGUUAACAGCUGCUGUAACUAGUCUGGCCUACAAUAGUGUGAUUCAUGUAGGACCUUUUCAUCAAUUCAAAACCCCUAGAAAACAUAUACAGAUUAUAUAAGUAGGGAUAAGAUUUCUAACAUUUCUGGGCUCUCACUGACCCCUGCACUAGACUGUGGAAAGGGAGUAUUAUUGUAGUAUACAACACUGCUGUUGCCUUAUUAGUUAUAACAUGAUAGGUGCUGAAUUGUGAUUCACAAUUAAAAACACUGUAAUCCAAACUUUUUUUUUUAACUGUAGAUCAUGCAUGUGAUUGUAAAUGUAAAUUUGUAUAAUGUUGUCGUGGUAGAGAAACACACAUGCCUUAAAGUUUAAAAAGCAGGGCCCAAAGCUUAUUAGUUUAAAUUAGGGUAUGUUUCAAGUUUGUAUUAAUUUGUAAUAGCUCUGUUUAGAAAAAAAUCGAAGACCGUGAUUUAUGAAACUAAUGUGACAUAUUAUUUCCAGUGACUUGUAGAUGUGAAACCAGACACGGCACCUUCAGUUUUAUACUAUUGGCUUUGAAUCAAGCAGGCUCAAAUCUAGUGGAACAGUCAGUUUAACUUUUUAACAGAUCUUAUUUUUUUAUUUUGAUUGCAGCUAUUAAUAAUGUAAAAAGGGGGGCCUCUAAAGCAGUCUUGAUGAAACUUAAAUAUAUAUUCUUUGUCCUCAAGAUUUUAGGAAGAGUGUAGGGCGAGUAGGCCAUUUUUAAUUUCUGAAGUGCUAAGUGUUUUUAUACAGCAAACAAAAAGUCCAUUUUGCUUUCCCACCAGUACGAGAGAGGAUGUAUUCUUUUCAGCAGAGAUGAUUGCGUCUUUACCAUUUGAUAGAGUCCCAUAGAUGAGCAAUGGGGAACUGGUUGCCAGGGUCUAAAUUUGGAUUGAUUUCUGUACUGUUAAUCUGUUUUGACACAGACUUCCUUGUAAAAUGUGCCUAGUUUACCAAAAUUAACAAAGGGGGGGAAAAGGACUUUAAAAAUUUUUAAGGUAAAAUCAAGCAUAGCUACAGCAUAAGAGAAUUGAGAAAUUUGAUAGGGGUGAUUUGUUUAAUGUAUAUCUAAUAGUACUUGUAAUUUCUUUCUGCUUAGAAUCUAAAGAUUUGUUUAGAACCUAUUGUUUAAAAAUAAUAGACUGCUUAUCAUAAAAUCAUGUCUUAUACAUUUGAGGCAGUAGUCAGACAGAUAAGGCCUAUGAUGUGUGUCAUUUUAAAGUGUUGGAAUUUAGCCUCUGAAUACCUUCUCCACUGGGGGAAAGAUAUUCAUGGAACCACUCAUGACAUACCUUAGAAGGUCAUUGACAAUGUAUAAACUAAUUGUUGGUUUGAUAUUUAUGUAAAUAUCAGUUUACCAUGCUUUAAUUUUGCACAUUCAUAUUAUAGGGAAUCUACUGGUUCUCUGUUAGUCUUGUGGGUUUUCUGUUUGAAAAGGAGUCAUGGCAUCUGUUUACAUUUACCUUAUCAAACUUAGAAUGUGUAUAUUUAUAAAUGUAUGUCUUCAUUCCUAGGUACUAAUUUGCAGGUGUCUUUACAUAUUUCAAUACAGAAAUUAUAACAUUCAAUAGUGUGCUGUCAAAGUGUGCUUAGCUCACCUGAAUAUACCCACAUUGUUAAAUGUCUAAACAGUAAUCAUUAAAACAUUUUUGAUUA